AUAGGAGAGUAAGCAUCGGGAACCAAUCAAGAAGUCGCAGAGUAAAAACGUGGUCAAUUCCUUCAACCACAAAAAAAAAACGUCAUCAGAAGACGUGGGACGAUGUAAAACAUCAGCUUUUUAUUAUAAUGAAUUCAAAAAAGCAAGUGCCCAUUUUCUAAGAAGUGAUGAUGAACGUGUUUGGCGAGACCAUUAAUCACAGUAGAGUCUCUUUUUUUAUCAUUCUUUACCUUUCAAGAUAAUCUAUUUAUUCAUCCACCCAAUUCCCGUUUCUAUUCAUAAUUUCAUAUUAACCACCGCAAUAUAACCGAUCUAUGAUUGUUUCUGAAUCUUCAAACAACAUGCAGCUGCAAUUGCAAGAUGGUAGUGUUGGUAAUGUGAUGAGCAACCUCGCACAUGUUAUGGCAGCCUCCAUCGUCGGAUUAAUCGGCGAGAAUUCAGUGAUGGUAGACCAGCAGAAGAUCAUUCCUUACUUACAUCAAACGGAGUCGGGCCAUGUUGCCAAGCUUGAGAGUUUCUCUCACUAUGUUGCUAGGCAAAUGGGAUUUGUAGAUGCUGGCGAGGUUCCAGAGUUGUGCAGAUUGGCACAGGACUACUUGAGAAACUCGGAAGGGUGUAAAGAAAGUAUAUAUCAAUAUGUAGCAAAUGGAGAGGACCCUAAUGCACUAUAUGCAAAAUUGAUUGAUGAGUUUGAAAGAUGCAUCCUCAGUUAUUUUGCUUUUCAUUGGAACCGGGCUUCAUUUAUCAUUAGUCAGGUAUUAAGUACUCAGUCCCAGACGAAAAUAAAUCUCAAAAAAAUUCUUUUGGCAGCCACAAGGGAACAUAGGUUUGAGAGAGUAACAAAGAAACUAAAGGUGGCAAGAGUGUUCUCUACAUUGGUUGAAGAGAUUAAAGCAAUAAAGGGCGACUCUCAAAGUUGUGAUGUCAAGGUCCCCAUUCUCCAGAGUGAGCGGAGUCCAGUGUUGCUGCUUAUGGGUGGAGGCAUGGGAUCUGGAAAAAGCACUGUUCUUAAAGACAUUCUUAGAGAAUCAUUUUGGUCAGAAGCUGCUUCAAAUGUCGUGGUCGUUCAAGCAGACGCUUUUAAGGAGAGUGAUGUCAUAUAUAGAGCUCUUAACUCUAAUGGUCACCAUGAUGAAAUGCUUCAAAGUGCUGAACUGGUGCAUAAGUCUUCCACUGAUGCUGCAUCAUCUCUGCUAGUGACAGCUUUAAAUAAGGGGCGAGAUGUGAUCAUGGAUGGUACCUUAGCAUGGGAACCUUUCCUAGAGCAAACUAUUGCUAUGGCAAGAAAUGUUCACAAAUAUACGUAUCGAAUGGGGCCAGGAUAUAGAGAAGCUAAAGAUGGAACAAUUACUGAAAAUUACUGGGAGCAGGUGAAUGAGGCAGUAGAAGAACACCAACCAGAGGAAAAUUAUAGAACGGAACAGCACACUCGAAAGCCUUACAAAAUUGUGCUAGUCGGUAUGGUUUGUGAUGCCUAUCUUGCUGUCGUUAGAGGCAUUAGGAGGGCUAUCGUGACAAAAAGGGCAGUGAGGGUGAAAUCACAAUUGGAAUCUCACAAAAAAUUUGCUAAUGCCUUUCCAAGAUAUUGCAAACUUGUUGACAGUGCUAGGCUCUAUUGCACAAAUGUUGUUGCUGGUCCACCAAAGAUAAUAGAGUGGAAGAAUGAUUCCAACAACCUGCAAGUGGAUCCUGAAGUUCUCAAAUUGUUGAAUACGAUAAGCAAUGUGAAUACUGAAGCAGGUAGCUGAGGACGUUCCAACAUUUUGAUAACAUCUUCUCCCGAUCUUUGAAGCUUCGCAUCAACUUCAAUCGGACCCUUAGUAGAGUAUCAGUGAAAAGUACUCCACAUAACCUUUAAAUCGUCAUCCGUCUUCAGUGGAAACUGGGAGAACUUUAUCUUUUCUUCAGUGUCAAGUGAGGGUGAAUGAUAUUCGAGCUUGACCACCUUUCGAUUUUCUGGAUAUUGCAGGUGAGAAUUCAGUAUGGUACUCAGCUCAACGAGAGGCGUGUCCUCGGAGAAUCUAAAUUGAAGUGACGACAUCUCACCGCUGAAGUAGACAAAAGCAAGGUGAGGAGAUGUUUGGCUCAUAUGUAUUAGUGGUGUGUGAAGUUGAAGAAAUGGUUUGGAGACCCUAUUUAUAGAAGAUUUGGAGCAAUUUGGACCCUAGAACUUGUAUCCUACCACCAGGACAUGGUUCUGAUAUUAACCUUCAAAUUCACCUUUUUUUUACGAAAUAGUGGUGUUUUCGGAGAUGUAUUUCCAAAACACCUUGAAAAUUGAUUUAGGGUGCCUUCGGAGAUGCAUCUUCGAAGAAUAUUUUUCAAAUUUUCAGAGGUUUAUUUCACCCCUCUAAGGGUGUAUUAAGAAAUUCCCUAAAAUUUUGAUACCUAAAGCUAAUCUUAGACGAUAUGGCCCUUUAUAAGAUAGGGUUGUAUAGGCCAUGUUUAUAAGAUAGGAUCGUACAACAUAACAUAAUAGAAGGUAGGAUUUGAAAAAAUUCCUUUUAAUAAUGCGAA